UCUUGGCUCUGUUCCUUCUACAUGUGCACACGUUGCAGUAUAGUAAUAAAAUAUAUUUCCUUUAUCAAAAUAACUUUAGAGAUGAAUUUUUACAGUUGGUCAGAGUUUUAUAGUGGAUUCGCAAUGGCUUUCAGAGAGGACGGCACUGGGCUUGAUAAUCUUGCAUUUGAUGAUGAGGAAGACAGUGAUCAGCUCAAAACAAAUGUACCGACAGAUAAAACAUGUGGGAGCAGUGGUGCGGCACAGACAGCCGUGAAUCGACCUACUUACAUCGUGACCGAUGUCCCUCCUUGGUACCUUUGUAUUUUCUUGGCCUUUCAGCAUUACCUGACAGCGUUUGGAGGCAUCAUCUCUAUCCCUCUCGUUCUCUCAGAGGGCCUGUGUCUACAGCACGAUAGCCUGACCCAGAGUCUGCUCAUCAACACAAUCUUCUUUGUCUCUGGCAUUUGUACCAUUCUGCAAGUUACCUUUGGUGUCAGGCUUCCCAUCCUGCAGGGAGGUACCUUUGCCUUAAUGACCCCAGCCAUGGCUGUGCUGUCCAUGCCAGAGUGGAAGUGCCCUGCUUGGACCCAGAAUGCCAGUUUGGUCAACACCUCUUCACCUCUCUUUAUAGAAGUUUGGCAAACCCGCAUGAGAAUGUUGCAGGGUUCUAUCAUGGUGGCCUCUGUCCUCCAGAUUCUUGUUGGUUUCUCCGGCCUCAUUGGCUUCCUCAUGCGCUUUAUUGGUCCCUUAACCAUUGCACCUACAAUCUCGCUAAUUGGUUUGUCCCUGUACAACUCAGCUGGAGACAAGGCUGGUAGCCACUGGGGCAUCUCUGCUAUGACCACAGUACUGAUUGUCCUGUUCUCUCAGUAUCUUCGUCUCAUACCGAUCCCUGUUCCUGCAUACAACCAAACCAAGAAACUCCACACAUCGAAGUUCUUCAUCUUCCAAACAAUGCCUAUUCUGCUGGGCAUUGCUGUCUCGUGGUUAGUCUGUUACCUCCUCACCAUCUUUGACGUCCUGCCAUCGGAUUCUACUCAAUAUGGACAUCUGGCUCGUACUGACGUCAAGCGUAGUGUCGUGAGCAAAGCUUCCUGGUUCACACUCCCUUAUCCUGGUCAGUGGGGGAUUCCAGCGGUGAACCUUGCAGCUGUGGUUGGCAUUCUGGCUGGAAUAAUAUGCUCCAUGGCAGAAUCUGUGGGAGACUACCAUGCGUGUGCCAGGCUGUCAGGAGCUCCCCCUCCUCCAAAGCACGCCAUCAGUCGGGGCAUUGGCAUCGAAGGGCUCGGCUCUUUGUUGGCAGGGGCUUUUGGCACAGGCAAUGGCACCACCUCUUUUAGUGAGAAUGUGGCUGCGCUUGGUAUCACCAAAGUGGGUAGCCGAGUUGUGAUUCUUCUGAGUGGAUGUAUCAUGGUUUUGAUGGGGAUGUUGGGCAAAAUCGGAGCCAUCUUCACAACCAUUCCCACACCUGUAGUGGGAGGGAUGUUUCUCAUCAUGUUUGGAGUCAUUACUGCUGCAGGAAUUUCCAAUUUGCAGUUCACAGACAUGAAUUCUUCCCGGAAUAUCUUUGUGUUUGGUUUCUCCAUGUUUUUGGCACUCGUCAUUCCAAACUGGAUUGUGAAGAAUCCUGAGUUUUUAAAAACAGGUGUUGAAGAGGUGGACCAAGUGCUGCAUGUGUUGCUGACCACACAUAUGUUCGUAGGAGGGUUUCUUGGGUUCUUCUUGGACAGCACAAUUCCUGGAACUAAACAUGAACGAGGACUUCAUGCCUGGGACAAACCACAAGUCGAAGACUCCAGUACCUCCUUGGCAUCUGAAGUGGUUUACAACCUCCCAUUUGGUAUAUCUUCUUGCCUCCAGACCCAGUCAUGGAUUCGUUACGUCCCUUUUUGCCCAAAGAAAAGUCACGUAUCCCAGGAUAAGUCAGAAGACACAACACAGAGUGGAGGAAGUGAGCUCAGCACACGAGUCUGAACUUUCAAAAUGUAACAUCCCAUUUUAUU